CUCUAACAAAUAGUCACUUGAUAUUUCGGCGCAGACAUGGGACACUUGUGGAUACUCGGAGCUCUUAUUUUAGGCUACAUCCUUUCGGGUGAAGCCUGUACAUGUGUUAAUAGCAUACAGUGCAGGGAAGUGGAACCAUUAUAUAGUUGGCGAAUUUUAGAACACCGUGGCACUACGGCCUGCCCUGCCGGUCAAGUCUGCUGUGCAAUUCUCUGGAAUCAGAGUAAUGAAAGAAACACUGAAACCCCACCGGUUGUGCCAGUAACAUCGCCCAAAACCAAUUUCCCUAACUGGGGGACCAAGGACACAGCUGUCGUUCAUGCUGCACCACCUUCUACUAAAGGCAAGAGCAAUCCAUGCGGAUUGGAUUCCACCAAAUUAAUCCGGAAUGGGUAUUCAUUGCCUGGUCAGUUUCCCUGGGCGAUAGCUUUGUUGCACAACGGUGCUUAUUUUGGGGGCGGCUCCCUGAUUGCCCCAGGAUUUGUGCUCACAGCUGCCCACUUCUUAAGGUACAAGUCCGCACACGAGAUUGUGGUCAGAGCUGGCGAAUGGAACUUGAACUCCCCGGAGGAGAGUUUUGCCCCUGAGGAACGUGGAGUAGAAAAGAUCGUGUCCCAUCCGAACUUCGAUUUUAAAACUGGUGCCAAUAACUUGGCGAUUCUACGCCUAAAAUCGCCUUUCGAGUUAAAGGAUCACAUAAGAACUAUCUCGAUUCCUAUGCCACAAAGUUCGUACGAUGGACAACGCUGCACGGUUGCCGGUUGGGGUAAGAGAAAUUUCGAAGAUCUCAAUUACUCGGCCGUUCUGAAGAAGGUCGAGUUACCCGUGUUGAGCAGAUACGUGUGUGAGUCAAGGUUGCAAAGAGCCAAGCUGGGCUCGAAUUAUAAGCUGCCUGCGAGUAUGAUUUGCGCCGGAGGUGAGCUUAACCAGGACACUUGCACCGGAGAUGGAGGAUCUGCCUUAUUCUGCUCUCUCGGAAACGAGAAUCCAGAUAGCUAUGUCCAGGUUGGCAUCGUUGGCUGGGGAUUGGGCUGUGGACAGAAGGAUAUUCCCGCAACUUACACAAAUGUGGCUGUCUUCAGGGAGUGGAUUGAAAACAAUAUGUUACCUUAUAUCUAUAGAAACGGAGCAUUCAAAAUUGACAAAACUCGCCAAUAAAAGCUGGUUUUAAUUUGCAUUUAAAUUCAGACAUAUAAAAAAGGCUUAAAUAAAUGUAUAAAUAAAUAUGUAAGUUAUGUGUCGAAACGAAUUCUAUAUAUUUCAUUUUGUAUUCG